AUCUAAAAACAAAAACAAAAACAAAAAAACCCCGCCAAGCUAGAUUUUGCCUUAUAAAAGUAAACUCAUCUUGUAAGAGUAUUUUUUUCCCCUGCUUGGAAUAUACUUUGCUCCUUUUCUUGUAAAUUAUACUCUUAUAUGCUUUUGAAAAGUGCUUUCUUCUGUAUUUCAUCUUACUUGUUAAUUUUUCUGUCUCUGUUUUUCUAUCUAUUUCAUCCUCUAUCACUGUUCAAAAGUAUGGAUCUUUUCUAUGAAUUGCUUAAAGAAGCAUGUACUUAUUUUCUGCUUUCUGUUUUAGUUGUAAGAUUUAUAUCUUUGAUAGUUUCUUUUGAUGAUGAUGAUGAUAAUUUUGUUUCUGGGUCUAUCAAUAAUAAUGGGGUUAAUUUCUCUGCAACCGUUGAUUAUUAUCAUGUUGUAAAAAAUAAUGAUGAUCAUGGGAAGAACAAUCAAAAGCUAUUAAGUGAUUAUGAUGAUGAUGAUGAUGAUCAUAGAUUGAAGGUUUUUACCCUUAUGACCCACAAAGAGAAUGAAGGGAUUAUUCUUAAGGACAUUGAUUUAAGUUCAAGGCUACUCAAGAAUGUCAUCUUUGAUGAAGAAAAAUUGAAUUCCGAUGGAUUUGAUGAAAAUUUGGUUGACCUAGGGCAUGAAAUUGGGGGUUUUGAAGAUAAAUUUGGUGGGAAUUUCGAAAUGGGUAAUAAAAUUGUGGAAAUUGAUUGUAGGAAAGAAUUAAGGGAAUGUAAUGAGGAUGGAAGUCAUGAAAUUAGUGAGAUUUUGGGUAGAGAUCAAGUUUUGAACUCGAGCAACGUGUGUAAAGGGGAGAUUAGUGGGAGAAAAUUGGAUGAUGAAGGAAUUUUAAGUGAUGAUGAAGAAUGGGAAGGGAUUGAGAGAAGUGAAUUGGAAAAGAGAUUUGCAAAAGCCAUGAAUUUGGUGGGCUGUAAAGAUAAUCAAGAGAUUUUGAUGAAGAUGGGUAAUGAAGUUAAGAUGAAAUUGCAGGGUUUGCAGAAGAUUGCAAUGGAGGGAAUGUGCAAUGAACCUCAACCUAUGGCACUUAUGCGCUCUGCUCGUGCUAAGUGGAAUGCAUGGCAGAAACUGGGGGACAUGAGUCGAGAAGAUGCAAUGGAACGGUACAUCAAACUUCUUUCGGACAGUAUGCCCAAGUUAAUGGAAAGCCAUUCUUAUGCGAAAGAAUGAUCCAUGCUGCUCACCUCCGACCAUAUCUUACGUAUGAUUCAACCUGUGGAUUGAUUCAUGAACCACGAUUUAACAUUCACGAUACCUCGACAAAAUUGGGAAACUUCGGUUUUGCUUUUUACUUUCUGGGUUUUGUGAUUGUGAUUAUUUGCCUUUUGACAUACAAAAGGCUAGUUUUUAGGGGCUUUGCUCAUUGUUAUUGAUAUAAAAAAUAUUCUAUUUGAAUAAUCUAUCAUGUAACUCUGUAGAUAUAUUAGAUAUUUGGGUUUUACACAAUUCUUUGUUAGAUUCUACUAUUAAGACAGACAUUUAGACAAUACUCUUCUAUCACAUUGAGAUUGCUAUAUUACGUACAACAAUGAGAGAACUUUUGAUUUAAAAUGUAGCAAUCUUAACGGUACAGAGGAAUAAGCUAUCUUUGGGAUGUUAUUAUUACAUCUUUCUGCUCAUCUUAUGAUAUUCUAAUACAAAUACUACUAUCUAAAUAUUAUUCCUUAAUUGCAAUGAAAGAUUCAAGAUAUCUUAGAAAUACUGUUACAUAUGUAUUUGAGAAUUCAGUGUUGCAGGUUUGCUUGUAAGUUUUAAAUUGUAGUGUAAACCAUCUUAUUCAUUACUUGUCUGAUAGUCUAUUCUUAGGACUGAAUAUCAAUCUUGGAGUGUGUUGCAUCCCUUCUAGAAUUGGGAUCGUAUCUGCGGCCGGGUCCGUAGGUUCCACCAUUGCCUCCACCUCCGCCUCCGCCUCCGCCUCCACCUCCACCUCUGUAUCCACGACCACCAUUGCCCAUACCGGGACCACCAAUUCCUCCACCUCCACC